UCUUCUUCUUCUUCUCUCUUUUCCUCUCACCUAAUCUCGCAAAAAAUAGAAAACCCUCUUCCUAUUUUUCUUUUCUUGAAAAAAACCCUCUUUUGAUUAGGUCUAAGAUGGCAUCAAAAAAGGCAAGAAGACCAAACCGAGCUGAGAAGAAACUCAAAAGACCCCAUUUCAAGAAACAACUUCCACAACACAACAACACCACCACCGACACAACUACUACUAUUCUCGAUCAAACUUCUUCAUCUACUAUUGUCUCUUCGUGUUCUUCCACGACGACGUCGUUUUCUCCUCAAGAUACAAACUACUCUAUUCCCUCUCCUUCUCCGGCGGCGCUGACGACGUCGCCAGGCAGCGGCGGUUGUUGUACCCCGAAAGCUCAGAAGUCUCGGAUACCGGAGAUUCUGACGUGUCCACCGGCUCCUAAGAAGCAAAGGGUCCCACAGAACUGCGUGUUAAGACGGAGACAAAUUGUUUUCUUUGCUCCUCCGGAGAUAGAGCUCUUCUUCGUCAAAGCACACGAUCGAUGAAUAGAGUUGAAUUAAUAGUCUUUUUAUUUUGUUAUUAAGAAUAGGAUCGAUACAGAGAGUAGUAUGAGAAGAUGAUCAAAAUUUAUCUCUUUGAUUUGUUAAUACAAUAACGAAGAGUAUAUUAUAAUGUUUCGUGUGAUGUUUUAUUUUUCUUAUUAUUUUUGGGUGUUCUUCUCUUUUUUGUGUUUACAUUUUGUGUCUUUGGCGCUUGUUUUUUUUGGGUAUAAUUUGA